UCAAAUUUCAAUAGAAUCUUCUGUGAGUCGGCCCCCGGGCAACUUCAUCGAAGCGCGUCCAUUAGGCACAAUCUUCUCAGAUUGUUUGAUUAUAUUCUUCUGAUUAAUCGGAAGAUUCCACAGGGUUUUCAGCUUCGGAUCGGGAUUUCUCUUGAUUACUUUUUUGAAACGAGUUUAUUGCAGCUCUAGGGUUUUCGUCAAUCUUGUAAUUUUCUUCUAGUUCUGAUUUUGAUUCGUCUAUGCCCUUGCUCAGAGGCAGAAGAUGUAUAGCAACUUUAAGGAGCAAGCGAUAGAAUACGUUAAACAAGCUGUGCAGGAAGACAAUGCUGGGAAUUAUGCAAAAGCGUUUCCUUUGUAUAUGAAUGCUUUAGAGUACUUCAAGACCCAUUUGAAGUAUGAGAAAAACCCUAAAAUUAAAGAAGCGAUUACCCAGAAAUUCACCGAGUAUCUGCGGCGGGCCGAGGAGAUCCGUGCUGUUCUUGAUGACGGCGGGCCUGGCCAGGCAUCCAAUGGGGAUGCUGCAGUAGCUACGCGACCUAAGACAAAGCCGAAGGACGGGGAAGGUGAUGGAGAAGAUCCAGAGCAGUCCAAGCUCAGGGCUGGGCUAAAUUCAGCGAUUAUUCGGGAGAAACCUAAUGUGAAGUGGAAUGACGUUGCUGGGUUGGAGAGCGCGAAGCAAUCAUUGCAGGAGGCGGUUAUCCUGCCCGUCAAGUUCCCGCAAUUCUUUACAGGUAAAAGACGGCCUUGGAGAGCAUUUCUGUUGUAUGGCCCACCUGGUACAGGGAAAUCAUAUUUGGCCAAGGCUGUUGCAACUGAAGCUGACUCCACAUUUUUCAGUAUUUCUUCAUCAGACCUCGUUUCAAAGUGGAUGGGUGAAAGUGAAAAGCUGGUAUCAAACCUUUUCCAAAUGGCCCGUGAAGGUGCCCCUUCCAUCAUAUUUAUUGAUGAAAUAGACUCUCUAUGUGGUCAGCGUGGUGAAGGCAACGAGAGUGAAGCUUCUAGACGAAUCAAAACUGAACUUCUAGUGCAGAUGCAGGGUGUAGGAAACAAUGAUCAGAAAGUUCUUGUACUUGCAGCAACAAACACACCCUAUGCUUUAGAUCAGGCAAUAAGGCGGCGUUUUGAUAAGCGUAUAUACAUUCCACUACCAGAUCUAAAGGCUCGUCAACACAUGUUCAAGGUGCAUUUAGGAGAUACUCCUCAUAACUUGAGUGAAAGUGAUUUUGAGCUCUUGGCUCGCAGGACAGAGGGGUUUUCUGGUUCAGAUGUUUCUGUCUGUGUCAAGGAUGUUCUGUUUGAGCCUGUUCGUAAAACCCAAGAUGCCAUGUUUUUCUUUAAGAAUCCCGAGGGUAUGUUGAUCCCGUGUGGACCAAAGCAAGAGGGUGCAGUUCAAGUCACAAUGCAGGAUCUUGCCGCAAAAGGACUUGCUUCCAAGAUCCUCCCACCACCUAUUACGAGAACAGAUUUUGACAAGGUGCUUGCUAGACAAAGGCCUACAGUAAGCAAAUCUGACCUUGAAGUUCAUGAGAGAUUCACGAAAGAGUUUGGAGAGGAGGGUUGAUUCAGGUGGAAUUAAAUCCAAAUACCCACUCUGGUUGUUAUUAUUGUGAUUUAUAAUUUCUUUAGCACUUUGGUUAAGUGAAUUGCAUGUUUGAUAUUUAGGUUUGGGAAAUUUGAAAUUUGCUUUUGUACGGAGAUUAAUCUAAUGCGGGUGCUCUAUAUUGUUUCUUGGAAACUGUGUAUAAGAACGGGAUUUGAGAUUUUUCAAAAUUAUUUGUAAGUGAUACAAAUUGCUUUUGCUGGGUGAGAGCUAAUA